AUGCUUCAAACAAUGUUAAAAAAUAAAAUUAACAGUUCGUCAAUACAAAAGAAACAUCUUACUUUACCUAUUGUAGAAAACAACAUUCAUAUCAUUAAUGAUACACUUAUAGAUAAUUCUGAAAUUGGAGAUAGGAGUAAAGAGAAUGUUUCUUGUCAACAAUAUUUUAACUUAAAAGAAACAACAUAUAUACCUGAUGUAUAUGAAUUUAGACAACAACCUAUAUUAGUCUUAACUGAUCAAAGAAAUUUACAAACUAUAACAUCACUGUCAAAUUCUACACUUCAAAUUACUCAGUCAUCACAGAUUUCUGUAAAAGAUCAAGAGCAUCAAACAUCUUCACGAUUAUCUAACCUACAGUCAAUGAAUUCAGAGAAUAAUUUACAUAGAAAUUAUGGUAAGAUCAAUGAUAUUGCUAAAUUAUCUUUAAUACCUAUACUUCCAAAUAAUUCAGCAAGUAAUACAGAAAAAUUAUGGUUGCUUCAACAAUCUUCUGAUAAUUCGGUGACAAAUCCCAGCGUAAAACGACAUUUUAAACGUCGUGUAGCAAAUCAUCACUAUAAUCAACGCCCUAUUUGUUUUAAAAAUGAAGAAAAUCUAAAGAACUCUUGUCAUUUACGAAAUACAAAGCUUGAUGUUAAGAAUAAAUCUGGAUAUAGUUCACUCAGUGCACCAUCUUCACUUAUAUCUAAUGCGAUAGCUACAUGUUCAGAAUUACAAAAUGAAAAGACUAAAGAGAAUGAAAAAGUGAAUUAUCAACAAUUACAUUUAUUAUUACCUACACUAUCGACAGUAAAUUUGACGAAUGAUGAUCAUGAGAAUUGUUUAAAUUGUAAAUUUGUAAAUGACUUUGAUAUUGCUUUAAAUGAAAAUAGCAUUGUAGCAACUGAACCAGUACAAAUUACUGACCGAUCAUUUUCAAAUCAAUCUAUUUCAAACGACUAUAAAGCUAAUUUACUAACAUCUAGCGAAUGUCUUUCUUCUUCUUUAGAAAAUCAAAAAUUAGAUGAUGUUAUUCUUAAUAGUAGUAGUUGUAUUAAUUCAGACAAUGGUAAUUUUCCAAUUCGUUCACAUUCAUUUUUUCACUUACGCCGGUUAGAUUCCCUUAGUUCAGCUGGAUCUCAUUCUAAACCUGAUAUAGAUACAUUAUAUCCUAUGAAUGGUUCGUUCAACCAAUUAGCUAUUCGUGUUUCCUCAUCACCAUUGUCAAUUUGUACUAAUAACAUCUUUUGUCAACAUAAUAAUUGUUCAGAAGACCAAUAUAAUAAAGCUAUGUUUAAUGGUAACAAUCAUGGUAGCAGUAGUAUCAAAAGCAGGCGGAGUAAAUGUGAGAAAUAUGUCAGUCCGGACAAACACACUUGCAUUAGAUCUUAUUCAGCUAUGAGACAUCCAAAAGAAUGUAAUCCACGUGUAUUUCGUUCACCUCUCGAUGUCCUUUCACCGUGUAAAGGAAAACUUCGAUUGGAUAUAGAAUAUCAAAAUCAUUCAAUCAAAUUACACGUAAUUGAAGCCAAAGGACUUCGUACCACCAACAGUCAGAAUUGCAACUCUUUCGUGAAAAUAAGUGCAUCUCUAGAUAAAGGCGUUACAUUUGAAGAAACUACUGAAAUAGUUGAAAACUCAGCAACACCAUGUUAUAAUAAAGAAUUUUUGUUAAAUCUAAACAAAAUAAAGUAUUGUAAAAGAAUUCAUCUUGCAAUCUACGCUCAAUUAACUAAGGAGUUGGACUGUGAAUUUCUUGGUGGAAUGUCUUUUGGAAUUCCCAGUAUACAAAACAAGAAACACAUUUCAGGUUGGUAUUAUUUAUUAGACGAAAAAAUGUUUAAAAAGAAGCACCUCAAAACUGCUUUAGAUCCUAUCACCAACUUUGAAAAUGUUUUAUGCGCAACAAAUGAAUUGAUCGUAUCAGAUAUACUGAAAACCACAUCUGUCAGUGAUGCUGUGACAGCAAACACGUCAGUAACAAAUCAACAAAUCCCUGUUAUCCUAACAUCGAUUAAUGAACAUGUCACACGUCCAAGUACAAAUGAAAUCCAUCCUAAUAUAAAUCGUAAUUUCGCUAACAAUAAUCACAAUAUAAAUGAAUAUUGUUCAAGGGAAUUUCGUCCGCUGUUGUCACCUACUAACUUCAUGAUUUAUUCACAAAAUCUGCCCAAUACAUUGUUACCAUAUCAAAUCGGUAACCCACCAGUUAAUUCACAUUUGCCACAAUUACCAUCACCAAUUCCUAUACGAGCAAAUAUGUCAAUUCCAAAUACGAAUAAAGCUUUAAGUAACAUGAGAAUAUUUCAAUUUCUUAUUCAAAAAGGUUCUAAAGGGUAUGGAUUUACUUUAUGUGGUAAUUGUCCGGUUUACGUUAGCCAUGUAGAACCGGGUUCACCAGCAAUGCAGUGUGGAAUACAAGCUGGUGAUUUUAUAGUUGCAAUUGAUAACCUAAAUGUAUCACGAUCUACAAGUAAUAGUGUUGUUCGGAUGUUCAGAAUGUCUCAGCAUCCUGUUCAUAUUACUAUUUCACGCCCUGUUCUGAUAAAACCUAGUAUGUUAACUACCAGUAAUACACAUUCAACUAGCAGUAGAUCUCUUGGAAAUUUAAUUAACAAAACAUGUUUCUCUGCACAUAAAAAGUUACCAAAGGAAUCAACAAAAUUGAUUCAACCAACAAAUAUUUCAAAAGUGAGUCAUACAGAGUUUUUUUCAUCUUUGCCAAAUCAUCAACAUCCUCAUGAUAUUUCUUCAUUACCAUCAUCUUCAUUUAUAACAGCUCCAUUAUCUUCACCUUCAUAUAUUGACUAUUUAAAACUUUCCAGUUGUAUUAAUUCACCUAAUUUACUUCGAAAUUCCAGUCCAACAAUUUGUUCAUCCAUAAAUAAUUAUGUGAUACCGAAAUUCUCUAUUCCUCAGUCAAUUUCUUUACAUCAAACAAUGAAUGAACAAUUGGCAAGAACCUACUGUUCUAUUUUUCUUAAUCAAAAUAAUUCUCAUCAUAAUCAGGAACAACAACAACAACAACAAAUAAAUGAUAUAAACGAUAUUGCUUUAGUUAGAAUAAUAUAUAAAGAAAGUUAUACAAAAUCUAAUAAAGCUUCCUGUUUUUCAACUAUGCAAAUAUUGUAA